GCUUGUCGGUUGUUGGUUGUUGGUUGUUGGCACCAGCACCAGCACCAGCUGCAGCAUUUCGUGUGUUUGGAAUCAGAGUUGAUAGUAUUUGCUAUGUCAAAGAUAUCUCUUUGAAUCACAGCAGAUAAGGCCAAGAACACAGCUUUACUGCAAAAGAGGGGAAAAAGAUAGCAUAGUCGCAAGGAUUCCCACUGAGGCAUCCACUGGGUUUUGAUAGUGAAAAAUGAGUACCGGCCUUCACGUUAGAAAGAAACCAUCAAAUCUCGAAGAGGAUGCUGAUCCCGAGGUACCAAGCUCUCCUUCGAAUGGGGAUGGGAACGGUAGCGAGAACAAGAUUCACGGACAAACUAGUUUCUUUCGACGCUUUGUUCGAAGUGAAGUUGGCUGUGCGAUCGAAGCUAUCGCCGGAUUCCUCAUUUUUGGAUUGCUUUUUGGAUAUUUGAUCUUGCAUCAUCAGCAUCGGAAGGUGAGGUCCGAYUUAAUCGUAUAGGCUAAGUUUCAUUCUUAGGUUCCUUCGCAUGCCAGAUUUUCCUACAUUCCCUUAUCAAAAAUUGCAUCCUGGUGGAUCUGAACGCUUUCUUUUCAAAUACUGGCAGGUCGUUCUUCAUAUCAUGCGCGAUCCUCUUGGGCACGGUGCGGCACUCAAGGGGAGGGUUGGAUUCCGUCACCACUUUUACACUGGGCACCCCAGGACCGUAACUGUCGUGAUGCCUAGUGUUGUGAAUCCUAAGGGAAGAACAAAGCGCCUUAAAUCCAUACAAGAAACUUGGGGGGCUUCAGCUCGUGCUAUUUAUGUUGUUCACGACAUCGAGGAAUUUCCCGUUGCAUCCCACGCGGUCAUAUCCGAAAGUCGUACCCCAGAAGAUCCUUAUUCCUACCCGCAACUCAUGCUUGUCCCAGAUGGGAUCGGAGCCGAAGACGGCGUCCCAAGAUUGAUCCAUACCGUACAAACCGUUUUUGAAAAGGUCAAUCCAGAUUUUGCCUUUUUUGUAAACGAUCACACCUACGUGAUCCCAGAACACCUCUGCAACUACCUAGAACAUAAAAAGCCUACAGAGGAUAUGUAUCACGGACAUGCGCUACACGAUGGAAACAACGCAUUCAAUUCCGGCGCAGCAGGCUACAUUCUAUCGCGAGAAACUAUGAGAAGGCUGGUCGAUCAAUGGAACCAUGGAAAGUGUACGGGAAGGGAUGCCAGCAAAUGGAUACAAGGAAACCCCGGCUUGUUGACAGCGCAAUGCCUGAAGGAAGACUUAGGGAUAACUGCGUUUGAUACACGUCAAGACAAAAAAUAUCACCGAUUUCAUGCGUUUCCACUCACCCGGGCGGUGUCUGGGAAAGUGGACGGUUGGUACAUAAACAAACACAAGGUGAGUCGGUUUGUUUGAUUUGAUUUGUCUGUUUGAAAUAAUGGCUGGUGAUGCUCAURCAGUGCAUAUGCACAACGCUUGACAGGACAUGGACAAAAAUUUCAUGGGUUUUCCAGCAUCCUACAAUACACUUUUGUCAGGAAAAGAUUGCUGUGCGCAGGACACAGUUAGUUUUCACUACGUUGAAUUCAUGGAAUCGACAGCACUCUUUGCUACCCGAGAAGCCCUUUUGGAAAAUCCACACAUGACCGACCACGAGGUGAAAAGCCUCAUGAUGGCGGAAUGGCCUAGAGGAAAAGAAGUUGGCUUUUAUUCUAGAGAAUUGCCGAGCGAAAAUGACAAAGAGGGAUGGGAACCAUUGCUCAAGGUAGUAAGGAAGAUAUCCUCGAGAUUAACCCAAAGAGAAUGUUGACCUCACUUGUGAGUGCAGUGCUCUUGUUACCUGCUUUGUAGGAACAAAUCACCUAGGAAAGAUACGCACUGUAGAUAUUCUUCUGAUGAUGGUACAGUACUGGAGGAACAAUCUUAGUUAGUACAUGGAUUGAGAAGUUGUACAAUAUUGCUCAGAGUGGUAGCAGUUUAUGAAAGAAACCAGUAACUAAUAGAAUGACAUCACUCAU